AUAUCGCUUUUUUUGUAGUCAAUAACAAAUAUGGCUUCUAAGCUUGUUCUAUUGUUUCGUUUCCUCAUAAUUGUAGCUCUAAUGCAAUUUCAAACUGUUAUUACAAUCGCUCAACCACAAGUCCCAUGUUACUUUAUAUUUGGUGACUCUUUGGUCGAUAAUGGCAAUAAUAACAGACUCCGCACAGAAGCAAAGGCCAAUUACUCGCCUUAUGGGAUCGAUUUUCCACCAGGUGUCACCGGUAGAUUCACUAAUGGACUUACCUCCGCAGACAUCAUUGGUCAACUUCUAGGUUUGACUGAUUUCAUUCCACCCUUUGCUACCGCAACUAACCAAGAGAUCAUCAGGGGCGUAAACUACGCUAGUGGUGCUGCUGGCAUUAGAGAUGACACCGGAAGGGAGCUGGGUGACCGAAUCAGCUUGGAUAGGCAGCUACUUAAUCAUGCAACAAUAGUUUCAAGACUUUCGCUCUUGCAACGCAACAGAACAUUUACAAAUGAAUACCUAAAAAAAUGCAUUUACACAGUAAACAUGGGAAGCAACGAUUACAUCAACAACUACUUGAUGCCCGAAGAAUACAUUGCAGGCCGAAUAUACACACCCGAUCGAUUUGCAGAACUCCUCAUUCGAAAAUACUCUCUUCAACUAAGGAGACUGUACAACUUGGGAGCCAGAAAAAUUGCGGUGUUCGGUUUGGGUUUUCUAGGGUGCACCCCAGCUGAGAUAGCGAGGUUUGGCACUAACGGAGAACCAUGUGUUGAGUCCAUUAACAAUGCCACCAUGCUAUUUAAUGUCAGGCUUAAGCCUCUUAUUGAUGAUCUCAACAAUGAUUUACCUCAAGGAAGAUUCACUUUCAUCAAUGUGACAAGCAUUUCUACACCUGAAGAUGGAGUAGUCUUACCAAAUGUUCCUUGUUGUCAAUUACGGUCAGAUGGACAAUGCGUUCCAAAUUCAAUCCCUUGUCCUGAUAGGAAUUUGUUUAUUUGGUACGAUGGUUAUCAUCCCACUCAAGUUGCAAACACAGUCCUCGCAAAUAGAUCAUACACUGCGCUCUCUCCCACGGACGCGUCUCCUUACGAUAUUAGUCGUUUGGCUCAGCUAACUGUUUAAACAUAGAUUGCAUGAUAACAUAUUGUGUUAUGAUUCUUCAUAUGGAAGAUAAAUAAGAGAUAAUAAAGAAGUUAUUAAUAAAAUCUUAUGUUGUGUUUUUA